AUGAGCUCGGAGCCGUUCACGCUGAGGUGGGGUAUCUUGGCAUUCACAAAAGACCUCCUCAUCCCCCCCCAAACCCGCUCCGUAACCUCCAUCCGCCACGUCGUCACCGCAGCCGCCUCCUCCACAUCCUUAUCCCGCGCCACCUCGUUCCUCACCUCCGUCGGCGCAUCCCCCACAGCACGCGCCUACGGCUCCUACACCGAACUCGUCUCAGACCCAGACAUCGACAUCAUCUACAUCGCCACGCCCCAUUCCCACCACUACCACCACGCCCGCCUCUGUCUCAACGCCGGAAAACAUCUGUUGAUUGAGAAACCUAUUACUGUGAACGCGGCGCAAUGCCAGGAGUUGAGGAAAUUGGCGAGGGAGAAGGGCAGGUUUAUGAUGGAAGCGUUUCUGGAAUGA